CUUUUUAACUCAGGAAGACUCCUAUAUAUAUCGACAGGCAGUCUUAUUGUCAUGUCUGAUUAUUCAUAGUUCCAUCACAGAAACCCAAACCCAAACCCUCCAAAUAAAAUUUCGCAUUAGUUUUUCUCAAUAAUAUGUCUGGGGAAGAAGAAGAAAAUGCCGCUGAGCUCAAAAUCGGAGACGAGUUUUUGAAGGCCAAGUGUUUAAUGAAUUGUGAAGUUGCUUUGAUUCUUGAACAUAAGUAUGAGCAGCUUCAGCAGAUGUCUGAGGAUCCAAUGAAUCAAGUUUCUCAAGUGUUUGAAAAGUCACUGCAGUAUGUGAAACGAUUUAGCCGCUAUAAGAAUCCUGAUGCUGUUAGACAAGUGCGAGAAAUCCUGAGUAGAUACCAGUUGGCUGAGUUUGAGCUCUGUGUUCUUGGCAACCUUUGCCCUGAAACAGUGGAGGAAGCAAUUGCUAUGGUACCAUCUAUCAAGACCAAAGGACGGGCUCAUGAUGAUGAGGCAAUCGAGAAAAUGUUGAAUGACCUGUCACUCAUCAAGAAAUUUGAAUAGAGGGUGUUAUGCUGGACCAGAUCUUUAUUGAUUAUGCAAACGAGAUGUUUUUGAAAUGUUAUAUUUAUAGCAAUCUUACGAUCCUAAUGUUGUAAUAUUGUGAUCGACUGAUCGUAUAUUGCCACUUGCAUUUUCUGAUGA